CUCCAGGCUCACCCUGACCUCUCGUCCCCACCAGGCGAGCGCCCCCGCGCCAAGGCUUUCAAGGAUAUGCUGUAUUCAGCUCAGGACCAGGCACCCUCUGUGGAAGUUACAGAUGAGGACACAGUAAAGAGGUAUUUUGCCAAGUUUGAAGAAAAAUUUUUCCAAACCUGUGAAAAAGAACUUGCCAAAAUUAACACAUUUUAUUCAGAGAAGCUCGCAGAGGCCCAGCGCAGGUUUGCUACACUUCAAAAUGAGCUUCAGUCAUCACUGGAUGCACAGAAAGAAAGCACUGGUGUUACUACGCUGCGACAACGCAGAAAGCCAGUCUUCCACCUGUCCCAUGAAGAACGUGUCCAACAUAGGAAUAUUAAAGACCUUAAACUGGCCUUCAGCGAGUUCUACCUCAGUCUUAUCCUGCUGCAGAACUAUCAGAAUCUGAAUUUUACAGGGUUUCGAAAAAUCCUUAAAAAGCAUGACAAGAUCCUGGAAACAUCUCGCGGAGCAGAUUGGCGAGUGGCUCAUGUAGAAGUGGCUCCAUUUUACACGUGCAAGAAAAUCAACCAGCUCAUCUCUGAAACCGAGGCUGUAGUGACCAAUGAACUUGAAGACGGUGAUAGACAAAAGGCUAUGAAACGUUUACGUGUUCCCCCUUUGGGAGCUGCUCAGCCUGCACCAGCAUGGACUACUUUCAGAGUUGGCCUGUUUUGUGGAAUAUUCAUUGUAUUGAAUAUUACCCUUGUGCUUGCCGCUAUAUUUAAACUUGAAACAGAUAGAAGUAUAUGGCCCUUGAUACGAAUCUAUCGGGGUGGCUUUCUUCUGAUCGAAUUCCUUUUUCUACUGGGCAUCAACACGUAUGGUUGGAGACAGGCUGGAGUAAAUCAUGUACUCAUCUUUGAACUCAAUCCAAGAAGCAAUUUGUCACAUCAACAUCUCUUUGAGAUUGCUGGAUUCCUCGGGAUAUUGUGGUGCCUGAGCCUUCUGGCAUGCUUCUUUGCUCCAAUUAGUAUCAUCCCCACAUACGUGUAUCCACUUGCCCUUUAUGGAUUUAUGGUUUUCUUUCUUAUCAACCCCACCAAAACUUUUUAUUAUAAAUCCCGGUUUUGGCUGCUUAAACUGCUGUUUCGAGUAUUUACAGCCCCCUUCCAUAAGGUAGGCUUUGCUGAUUUCUGGCUGGCCGAUCAGCUGAACAGCCUGUCAGUGAUACUGAUGGACCUGGAAUAUAUGAUCUGCUUCUACAGCUUGGAGCUCCAGUGGAAUGAAAGUAGGGGCCUGUUGCCAAAUGAAUCAGAAGCUUGGCUUCGCUUCAUCCAGUGCCUGCGUCGAUACCGAGACACAAAAAGGGCCUUUCCUCAUUUAGUUAAUGCUGGCAAAUACUCUACAACUUUCUUCAUGGUGACGUUUGCAGCCCUGUACAGCACUCACAAAGAACGAAAUCACUCAGACACCGUUGUGUUCUUUUACCUGUGGAUCGUCUUUUGUAUCAUCAGUUCCUGCUAUACACUCAUCUGGGAUCUGAAGAUGGACUGGGGUCUCUUUGAUAAGAAUGCUGGAGAAAACACUUUCCUUCGGGAAGAAAUUGUAUACCCCCAAAAAGCCUACUACUACUGUGCCAUCAUCGAGGAUGUGAUACUGCGCUUUGCUUGGACUAUCCAAAUCUCAAUUACCUCUACGAGUUUGGUGCCUCAUUCUGGGGACAUCAUUGCUACUGUCUUUGCCCCACUUGAGGUUUUCCGGCGAUUUGUGUGGAAUUUCUUCCGCUUGGAAAACGAACAUCUGAAUAACUGUGGUGAAUUCCGGGCUGUGCGGGACAUCUCUGUGGCCCCCCUGAAUGCAGAUGAUCAGACCCUCCUAGAGCAGAUGAUGGACCAGGACGAUGGUGUCCGGAACCGCCAGAAGAAUCGGUCAUGGAAGUACAGCCAGAGCAUAUCCCUGCGCCGGCCUCGCCUCGCUUCUCAAUCCAAGGCUCGUGACACUAAGGUAUUAAUAGAAGACACAGAUGAUGAAGCUAACACUUGAAUUCUCUGAAGUCUAGAUUCACAUCCUUGGUUUUUCCUACUCUACAAUUCUUUCCUCGACCAACGCAACCUCUAGUACCUUUCCAGCUGAAAACAGGAGAAAACGCAUAACACAUUUUCCGAGCUCUUCCAGAUCGGAUCCUAUGGACUCCAAACAAGCUCACUGUGUUUCUUUUCUUUUCUUCUGGUUUAAUUUUAAUUUUUCUAUUUUUAAAACAAAUAUUUACUUCAUUUUGCCAAUCAGAGGACAUUUUAAGGAACAAAAACAUAGUAUCUUAUUGAUUGUUUACAAUCACAAGGACACACAGAUACCUAUCAAGAUGAAGAACAGGCAUUGCAAGGACCCUCUGAUGGGACGGUACCGAGAAAUCUCGGCCUCCACUAGACCCGGUUUUGACUGGUUGAAACCGGACAUUGGUUUUUAAAUUUUUUGUCAGUUUAUGUGGAGAUUUUUUCCUUUCCUUCAUACCCAGCGCAAAGGCACUGGCCGCACUUGCAGGAAAAGUGCAACUUAGAGCAGUACCUUCAUUCAUGAAGCUACUUUUUAAUUUGAUGUAACUUUUCUUAUUUCGGGAAGGGUUGCUGGGUGGGUGGGGAAAAUGAUGUAUUUGUUACAUAUAGUUUUCUCAUUAUUUAUGAAACUUAACCAUAAGAGAAUGCUAUACUCCUGUGCAAUGAAGGCGAUCGCAGUGAAAGAAGACAGGGGAAACUACUGUUGGAUGGCAUUGAUGAGGGUUAGGCCCACAUACCUCUUUCGGGAGACUACUUGCACCGCUUUGACUUUUUCUUUCUGUUUAAUUUUAAGCCAAAGUUUCCUUACUAACUAACUUUUUAAGUUGCUGCUGCUUUAGAGUCCUAAGCAUACAUCUCUCGUAACAGGGCAUCCCACACACUUCCACACCACCGGCUAAAAUCCCUGUGAGAAGUUCUGAUGCCUUUUUUUUAAGGAACAGAUGUGGAACACAUUUGCCCGAAUUCCAGCUAAAUCUGAAGCCUUAUUAUGCUUCAGCGUGUAGGGUAUUGUAUGUAACAUGUAGUAACUCUGAAUUAGAAUACAGAGCUAUUUCUACACCCUUAGUAUAGAUAGUUUUUCUUCUGAGCUCACCCACUUUUGGCAGAGUUUGAUCAAAUUAAAAAGCCUGUCGUGGGGAAACUGUAUUUUUGAGCGCAUGGAACAAAUUAUCCUUUUCCACAGUACAUUGACUCAGAAGAUCCUGGCAGCCAUGUCCCUCAGCAGUUUUAAAGAAUGAACAUUCGAUUUCAUGCCCUCCCAUGAUAGAAAACUUGCUUUUAAACUUUGGGGGAUCUAAACUUGAUUGUAAAGUACAUUUCUUAGACUUUUCAGACUGUUAUGGUCUACACACAAUACCCCUUUUCACUUCUUUGUCUCAUUUCUUCCCUUUGUUCCUAAGUCAUCCAAAUAAAUCCGAAACCAUAAAGGAUUUUACCUUCUUGAAUACGGUUGGCAUUAAAUUUAGUAUUUCCUUGUCCAACACAAGUUGUACGAAUACCAGGAGGCAGUAAUGUGCACUGUGAUGCCACCCUGCCUCUGAGACCCAGGUGAAAAGGAAGUUUAUGCCUGUCAUUUUCAGCCUCAUUUUAGACAAAGGAACAAGUGGAAGACCAGCUAGUCUUAAAAACAUGGUGACUGCCCCUUGCCACAUACCCCUUUUGUCAUCAGCUCUUCCUCCAUGUACUACGUGUAAGUCUUUAUGCAUCACUGUCCGAAUCCCAGCAGGUUACAUUAAAGUUACUGUUAACUACCAAACUUCUGUCAAUGAACUAACAGCAUUUCUUUUCAAAGGAGUUUCUUCCAUCUCUAUAUGACAAGCU